AUGGCAACUGCCGGGGAGUAUGUCGUCAUUGUCAUCAACGGAAUCAGCAUCGUGGUGACUGUUGUCGGUGGCCUCCUCACCAUACUGGUCAUCUGGACACGUCCAGCCCUACGGAAACUGGUCAACGCGCCUCUGGCCAGUCUUAGUUGUGCAGAUAUCCUCUACGCCACGUUGUUUUCCCCCUUUUGGAUCCAGCAGAUCCUAAACCCCCAAUGGGAGCCCCCACCAGCACUGUGCUGGUUUCUAGGCUAUUCCAUUGUCGUGCUAGGGGGGGUGUCGGUAACCCACAUGUUGUGUAUCGCUCUUCAGCGUUACUUCAAGAUCUGUACCAACAGUACACUUCUCAAUUCCACACAUGCCCUCGUCAUCAUGCUCUUGCUCACAUGGUUGGUCCCCAUGGUUUCAUUCUUGCCCCUUUACGUCGUUGAAGAACCCAAAGUCGAUCCAAAGCUGAAACGGUGUUCGUUGGGAAGAUCUGACAAACUCUGGGCAAAGAUUCCUCCCGCCAUUUUAGUCUACGUCGUCCCAUACAUUGCUGCCCUGGCCUUUUACACCCUCAUCCAGAACCAUGUGAGGAAGAGUAAGAAACGAGUCCAGGCUAACGCACACGGUCCCUCCGCCCGUUUGGCAGUGGUGACAAAGCCUGUAGGAAAUCUAGAGGGUGUGGUGUGGGUGUGGGACGAAAUGUCCACAUCAAGUGAUGACGGACAGAAAAGCAGUAACUGCACAGAUCCAAGUAAACAAAAGAGCACCAUGAUCUUAGUCGCUCCAGCACCAGGCACUGGUCAAAACGACCAAGGCAAAAAAUCUCCCUUAAGUGAUGAGGAACAGAAGGGCAAUUGCCGCAUAGAGCAGGAUAAAGUCCAAAACAUGACCCUAACUGCCGCCACUGUGUCAGAUCAGACAGGCAAAACUGAACGACAGCAGCACGCUGUCCCUUUCAGCAGCUCACAAAACUGCAACAGUGCUGCCGAAAGGCAGAUCACCAAAAUGAUGAUGAUGCUGUUUGCUGUCUACACUCUGUGCUUUAUGCCCUUGACCCUGAUGGUGUUUUUUUCGAGUAAAGUUCCAGCCGAAGCCUUUACUGUUGGCCAGCUGUUGGCCGCAUUGAAUGGUGCCCUGAACCCGAUCGUAUACGGCGUCAUGAACAAAAACAUUCGCCAGGGGUACAAGAAUAUCUGGGACAGGGUCCUCAACUUCAUAAUGUGA